CCCCCAAAAAACAUUCUCUCUCAACUCUCCUCCUAAACAUUUGUCCCACAAAACCAUAAACCAUGACAACCACCACCAUUGCCAAAACAACCAUAAUUGUCGCCACCGCCGCCUUGUUACUGGCGAUGGUGGCAGCACAGGCACCCGCGGCAGCACCAGAGCCGGCCGCGGGGGCUCCGGGGCCAGGGGGGGCAAUGGAUUGCAUGACGAGCCUGGCGAACAUGUCGGAUUGCUUAACGUAUGUGCAGGCUGGAAGCAAUUUGACGAAGCCUGACAAGGCGUGUUGUCCGGAGCUGGCGGGGCUGGUGGAAAGCAAUCCAAUAUGUCUGUGUCAACUGCUGGGAAACACAAGUGCAACUAUAGGGAUACAGAUAGAGCUCAACAAGGCUCUCAAUCUUCCUACUGUUUGUGCUGUUCAGACUCCUCCUAUUAGCACCUGUGCAGCUGUUGGAUAUCCUGUGCCUGGUCCUAUGUCAAGUGAAGCGCCUGGAGCUAUGUCGCCGAGCCGUGCAACAUCUGGAAACAGUGGCAAUGCAGCUUCAUCAAGCAUUGCAGCUUCUCAGCUAUCCAUCCUUGUUGGCUUAGCAAUUGCAUUUCUCACAACACUCUUCUUCUGAUUUUAAUUUUUGGAGUUUUUUUUUUUUUAACUUUAUAUUUUUUUUGAUUUCUCCAUUUAUCUGGGGAGGGGGUAUUGUAACCAGAUAUUGAAUGGGUAUGACUUAGUUACACCAAUAAACAUGUAGCUUUUUUUAAAAUUAA